CUUCCGCCAACCUAAACAUGGCUGUCAGAGGCGGCUAAUUUUGUAGUGUCAGUCUUAUAUGUCUGUAGUUACAUUCGCACGUUUAAUGGUGAGUCAGUGCGUCUAAUAUUGUCUCACUUCCCUAACGGAACAAGUCAAAGGCCCAGAGCGACCGCCAAUUGCACAAUCUCCAUGACAAACACGUGUGCGGGGGCUCCGAGCGUCUAAUUGAGCUGCAGAGAGACGAGAACAUGUUCCCAGAGCUCAACAGCCUGUUGGGAGUCACUACUGAUACCCUGACACUGGGUAAAUUUACUCUCCUCUGUGACUCUAAUACAGACGGAAGCUUCCUUGUCCAUCACUUCCUGUCCUACUACCUGAGAGCGGGGUGCCGGGUUUGCUUUGUGGCCCUUGUGCAGUCGUUCAGUCACUACAACAUUGUGGCCCAGAAGCUGGGCGUUAACCUGAGUUCGGCUAAGGAUGAGGGGCAGCUGGUGUUCCUGGAAGGACUAAAAUCUUACACAGAUUUGCUUUUUGGGGACAAGUCGGAGGCAGAAGAAACCAACCCACUCUGUUUCCUAAGGGCAGGAUCAGACCUGAGACCUUUAUACAGCUUUGUGAGUGCUGCGCUGGCUCCAUCUGCUGGUCAGUCGUGGAAGUGUCCUGUGCUGAUCCUGGAUGAUCUCAGUGUGCUGCUCAGUUUGGGGGUGACCUCUCUGCAGGUGCUGGACUUCAUGCAUUACUGUAGAGCCACUGUCUGCACUCAGUACAAGGGCAAUGUCCUGUGCUUGGUGCAUGGAGCGGAGGAGUCGGGGGAUGAGGAGAAUGAGUUAGUGCUGAGAUCUCUGUCCCACCAGAGCCAUCUGAUUCUGCAGGCAGAGGGUUUGAGCACGGGAUUCUGUAAGGAUGUGCAUGGGCAGCUGAAGAUCAUCAGGGGGGCCGUGUCCAGUGGGAAACGGGGGAAAAACCAGCCGGAAAUCUAUCAGUACAAGAUCCAGGACAAACAUGUCGCGUUCUUUGCCAGAGGUCUGUCUGCGGCUGUGCUUUAACUCUAUAGACAAAGUGCUCCCCCUGCUGGUGUCUCUUUGUAAUAACACUGCAGGGAUAAAUACGUUUAGAGACUGUUGGACAACUCCCUGCAAUUUACAUGUAUGUGUCCUGCUUCUAUUGACUGUACAGACAGCUGUCCAACUGCCACACAAUACAGACAGUUGUCUGCCUGCAGGAGCAGGGAAAAUAAAUCUGCUUGGACUAGUGAUUUACCUGUCAAGUGUAGAUGGUAACACAAGUCUUAUUUUAUUUUUUUAAAGUGCCAUUAUACACCCUUCCUAGAAGUGAGCACAAUAAAUAGGACUUUCCUAUU